AUUUUCACCUUGACCCGUUUUACAUAAGUAAAAGCGAUCCUAUACAAAUAUGUCACCGACCAAACGACACUAAUCCUGAAGCAAACACUGCUGGAGAAUAUGGAACUUUAUUAUCAUCAUGUGAUACUCCAUAUUCUUUAACCAAUGAAACAAUGUCUUAUUUACAAAAUAAUUUUAAAAAUAUUGAUUUUAUUAUUUUUACUGGAGAUUUCGUUAGGCAUGAUCGAGAUAAAUCAAUCCCUAGAACUAAUGAUCAAGUUAUUUUCGGACAUGAAAUUAUCGUUAAAUAUUUUACGGAUAUUUUUGAUGCUGAUAAGAUUAAGUUUUUUCCUACAUUUGGAAAUGCUGACGAAUUCGUUAAUGACCAACUUCCACCAGGUCCAAAUGACCUAUUCCCGGCAGUGAAAAAUGCGUGGGCUCCUUUAAAAUUAAAUUUAACAGAUGACUUUUUAAUUGGUGGCUAUUUUCGCCACGAUAUUAAUUCAUAUCUUUCGGUCAUAAGUUUGAAUUCAAUGUAUUUUUAUCCUCAAAAUUUGCAAUCACCAGAUUGUUCAGUUCCAAAUUCACCUGGUGAAAUACAAUUGAAGUGGUUUGAAAAUGAAUUGGAAAAUGCAAAACAUGAUAAUAGAAAAGUUUAUAUUUUACAGCAUGUCCCUCCUGUUAAUGUUACAGGUUUUAAACAAUAUAACGAAUCAUGUUAUAAUUCAUACGUUGAUUUGCUUGGCCGUUAUCAUAAUAUUAUUUAUGGACAUUUUACUGGUAAACUGCAUUCAAGCAUAUCGCUAUGUAUUUAA